AUGCUAUCUGCUAUCGCUCCACCACCAUGUCAAAGGGAACAUUUCGAGAUAAAACCCGGCAUGAUCAAUCUUGUCCAGAGAAAGAUGUUUCAUGGACUGUCAGCUGAGAUACCGAUGGAACACAUUGAAGUUUUUGAAGAGAUAUGUAAUUUCACUCGUGCAAACGGCGUCCCACCCGACUACAUCAAAUGCAUGCUGUUACCAUUCCCCCUAGCGGACAAGGCUUCACGAUGGCUUAAGUCAUUACCUACAGGUUCCCUAACUUCUUGGGAACAGGUUAGAGCGGAUUUCUUGGGACACUUCUAUACGAAAGCCAAAACAGCUGCCCUACGAAACAAAAUUUCAUCCUUCAAGCAACUCGCUAGUGAACCUUUCAACGAAGCUUGGGAACAGUUCAAUGAUACCCUCAGAGAGUGUCCUCAUCACGGGUUCGAUGAUGACCAUGUUCUAGGAAUCUUCUACGAUGGAGUGGAAUGGGAGUUCCGCAAUGCUCGGAAUGCAGCGAGCAAUGGAGAUUUCAUGACUCAAACCAUAGAAGGAGCUCACGCGCUAAUAGAGAACAUGGCAGCUAGUACUACAGAUGCUGCAGCAAAAAUCGAGACAUCAGAAGAAGAUCAGCAAGAGGUCAGUUACGUUAACGGGCAGGGUUGGCAGUUCAAAAAUUACCAUCCAAAUCCUAAUGUGAGGAACAACCCGCAUCUUUUCUCGUACAAGACCAAUCCAGAUAACCCCAACGACAGAUCUCAGGGAAAUCAGUUCCAAAACACUGGAUAUCAGAAGCCAUACUUCCAGAAUCAGAAUCAGAAUGGGAAGAUGUUCAUCCUCAGCCAGGCUCAGAAUCAAUUUCAGAACCGGCAGAAUAAUCCACAUGCUGCUCCUGCAACCGCGAGCAGUCCGCCAUAUGUGCUUAAGGGAAUGAUGCAACAACUUCUGCAAGGUCAACAAAUUCAAGGAAAAGCACUGAACCAGGUUACAACCGAGAUAAACACUCGGAUGGACAACAUGUUCACGAAAUUGAAUUCCAAAUACGAUGCUGUAGCAAGCCACAUAAGGCAAAUGGACGUUCAGAUUGCUCAAACUGCUGAAAUAAUAAAAAGGCAACAUGGAACACUCCCAGGGAAAACAUACAAGAAUUCCAAGGACUAUAACGCAGUCGAGCUGAGAAGUGGAAGACAUCUAUCAGAUCAUGUCCCCACGAAGCUCACUGCUCAAGAGAAGGGAAAAUAG